AUGGGCUUUUCGGACCUCGUUUUCCCGCCCUGCUGCAAGGCUGCUGAUGGACCAGGUUUCUCCCCAGUGGACUUUUACGACCUCAAUAGCGCGUACGGAACAGAGGCCAGCCUGCGGAAGCUGCUGACGCAGCUGCACGCAGCAGGGCUGGGCGCGUGCCUGCACGUGGUGGUGAACCGGAUGGGCGGAUGGGGUGAUACGAGCGGAUCGGAGCAGCAGCAACAGCAACAGCAGAUGGGGGGAGGGGGCGGGGUGCCGCCGGGAGUGGGUCCCGGCGAGCCAGGGCUGUCGGAGUGGACCCGACUCACCAACACUGUAGACGAGCCAGCAGUGUGGAGGCAAGGCGAGCAGGAGGGCAUUGACGUGCAGGCAGGGGGGCGGAGGAGCAGCGUGAUGGACCAUGGAAACCCGGCAGUGGAGGAGGACUGUAAGGGGUGGCUGCGAUGGUUGCGAUACGAUGUUGGCUUUGAUGCGUGGUGUUUCGACCUCGCACGUGCCUUUGAUCCUGCAGUUGCCCACUCGUACUGCUGGGAUACGAGCCCCACGUUUGCAGUCGCUGAUGUGUGGACGGAGAUGCGGUACCAGGGCAGCACUCUCGAAUACGAUCAAGACGCGCAUCGAGCACUGCUCGCUGACUGGGUGAAGGCAGCACGGGGCACACCUCACAUGAUUGACUACACCACAAAGGGCAUACUGCAGGCGGCAGUGCAGAACUGCGAGUACUGGCGACUCAUUGACCCCCAGGGCAGGCCUCCCGGUCUCAUCGGCUUGCUGCCUGGCAAGGCAGUCACGUUCGUGGACAAUCACUCCACGGGCUCCACACAGCAGCACUGGCCAUUCCCCGCCUGGGGGGUCACUCUGGGCUACGUGUACAUUCUGACCCACCCGGGUGUGCCGUGUGUGUUCAUUGACCAUCUCUAUGAGUGGAACCUCAAGGACCCAAUUCAGAAGCUGCUGGUGAUCCGGCAGCGCAACGGCAUUACAUCGAGGAGCGCCAUCCGCAUCAUGACGUGCAGCACGCAGCUCUAUGUGGCGCGCAUUGGCACCAACGUGGAUGAUGACAGGCUGUUCCGCGGGGUCGUUGUGAAGCUUGGACCUUCUUUUGACAUGCACGGGACUGCACCAGCCCUCCUGUUCGGCCGUCCAGUCACCCGCCCAUUCUGCCGUCCCGUCGUCCUCCCGUUCCGUUCCGUCGUCGUCGCCCUUCCGUGGCCCAUACCGUCGCCCCUCCCGUUCAUCCAUCCCGUCGCCCAUCCCGUAGCGCAUCCUCUCUCCCAUCCCGUCGUUCCCCUCGUCGCCCUCGCCAACGCCCCGAAACUCCCUCCCGUCGCCCUUCCUCUCUCCCAUCCCGUCGCUCCCCUCGUCGCCCUCGCCAAUGCCCCGAAACUCCCUCCCGUAGCGCAUCCUCUCUCCCAUCCCGUCGCUCCCCUCGUCGUCCUCGCCAACGCCCCGGAACUCCCUCCCGUCGCGCAUCCUCUCUCCCAUCCCGUCGCUCCCCACGUCGCCCUCGCCAACGCCCCGAAACUCCCUCCCGUCGCGCAUCCUCUCUCCCAUCCCGUCGCUCCCCUCGUCGCCCUCGCCAACGCCCCGAAACUCCCUCCCGUCGCCCUUCCUCUCUCUCAUACCGUCGCUCCCUUCGUCGCCCUCGCCAACGCCCCGAAACUCCCUCCCGUCGCCCUUCCUCUCUCCCAUCCCGUCGCUCCCCUCGUCGCCCUCGCCAACGCCCCGAAGCUCCCUCCCGUCGCUCCCCUCGUCGCCCUCGCCAACGCCCCGAAACUCCCUCCCCUCGCCCUUCCUCUCUCUCCGUCACCCUUGCUCUCUCUCCGUCGCCCUUGCUCUCUCUCCGUCGCCCUUGCUCUCUCUCCGUCGCCCUUGCUCUCUCUCCGUCGCCCUUGCUCUCUCUCCGUCGCCCUUUCUCUCUCCCGUCGCCCGUUCUCUCUCCCGUUGCCCUUUCUCUCUCCCGUUGCCCGUUCUCUCUCCCGUUGCCCUUUCUCUCUCCCGUUGCCCGUUCUCUCUCCCGUUGCCCUUGCUCUCUCCCGUUUCCUAUCCUCUCUCCCCUCCUCUCACGUUGCCCUCGAUGCAGUCGUCACCUUUCCUCUCUCCCCUCCCAUCACCCACCUCGGCGCUUUCGCGUUCGCCCCGAAAUGCCUGCAAGUCGCCCUUCGUUUCUCCCCUCCCAUCUCCCAACACCCUACCAUUCAGCAAUUUUCGCUCAAUCAGCGCUCUCCGUGCGCUCUCGUUUCCUUCUACCUAUUCCUUUUUAUCUCUAACCCGAAACUCUCUGUUUUUUCCCGCAGUUCUGCUUUUCCUAUGCUGUUUUUGCCGCCCCAGCAGGCACAUGUCUAA